UCAAAACUUUUUUAAAAACCUUUUAACACAGAGGCAGCAUUACGCCAUUCUUCCUUCUUGGAAAAAAAAACCUCUCCGAUUUAAACAAGAGUCCUUCAAGUUUUUAGUCACUUUUACAGAAGAAAGGGGGGUAGUAAACUUUCUCUUUUCAAGAACAGGCUGUGAGCAGAAACCAGGAGAAGACUGAACGGAAUAAAUUAACAUCUCCACUAUGGGACUGGAUACAAAUAUUGGACAAGUAGAUUUAAAGUGUUUUAAGCUGAAAAUAAAGCUUUUUCUGCUGACUUUGGUUUUCAAUUUCUUUCAUGUUUUCUUCUGCCAAACUGGAGGAAUCUUUUCUGAAUUUUUCUUUGGAGGCAUUCAAAGGAAGACCAGAGGAUGAAAAUCCUUCACUUUCUUACUUUACUGCUUUGGUACUUUGGUUGGUUUUACCUUGUUCUCAUCUCUUUAGUGCUGAGUCCUGCUGAAGCAAGUCAAGGGAAUCCAGGAGCUAAAUUAGCCGUAUCAAAAGUAGAUGGAAAAGAGAGGACCCCUUUGCCAAGGGCAGGUACCUUUAGAACGGGAAGCCAUGGAUAUAGCACUGGGAAUUCAAAGCCAAGGACAAAAACCAACACUGCUCAAGCUGGAACUCUCUUGGCAAAAACUGAUGACUCAAAGAAAGCUCUCCCUAAAGCAGGGAGCACAGACAAAAAGGUAGGAGGACAUUCUUCAAACAGGCAAACUGGAGUGAGAACAGUGAGUCCAAAGGUUCAAAACUUUGGCCCCAAAGCCCCACUGAAGAAAACUGGCACAGGGAAUUCUGAUGCCAGCUCUUAUAAAGCCAAAAAGCCUAAAGACUCUAUUGCUCAAAGAGAAUCUAAAGAGGCAUUAAGACAUCCUGCUAUCACACCACACGAAUACAUGCUUUCCUUAUACAGGACUCUUUCUGAUGCGGAAAGAAAAGGUGUGAACGGAAGUGUGAAACUGGAGACUGGACUUGCCAAUACAAUCACAAGCUUCAUUGACAAGGGACAAGAUGACCGAGCUCCCACUGUUAAAAAGCAGAAAUAUAUGUUUGAUAUCAGUGCUUUAGAAAAAGAUGGCUUACUAGGAGCAGAACUUCGUAUUUUGAGAAAAAAACCUUCAGAUACCUGGAAGCCUCAUCCUCAUGGGAAAACAUGCCAAGUGAAACUUUUCAGUUGCUCCACAAACCGGCAAGCAUCCAUCCUCUUGGACUCUCGGACUGUCAAUAUCUUAGAUACUGCAAAAUGGGAAGUUUUUGACAUUUGGAAACUUUUUAGGAAUUUUAAAAACUCUGCUAACUUGUGUUUUGAACUGGAAGCUUUUGAAAGGGGGAGGCCUGUUGAUUUAAGGACUGUGGGGUUUAAUAGAACAGGGAGGCAAGUCAAUGAAAAGGCUCUGUUUUUAGUAUUUGGUAGGACAAAGAAAAGAGACUUGUUCUUCAAUGAAAUAAAAGCCAGAUCUGGCCAGGAUGACAAAACUGUUUAUGAAUACCUAUUCAAUCAAAGAAGAAAGAGAAGAGCUCCUCUAGCAACUCGACAAGGAAAGAGGCCCAACAAGAAUCUGAAGGCAAGAUGCAGCAAAAAAGCACUGCACGUAAAUUUUAAAGAUAUGGGAUGGGAUGACUGGAUAAUAGCACCUCUUGAGUAUGAAGCUUAUCAUUGUGAAGGACUCUGUGAAUUCCCUCUUCGGUCUCAUCUAGAACCGACCAAUCAUGCUGUUAUCCAAACAUUAAUGAACUCUAUGGAUCCAGAGUCAACACCUCCAACUUGUUGUGUGCCAACAAGGUUGAGUCCCAUUAGCAUUCUGUUUAUUGACUCUGCCAAUAAUGUGGUCUACAAACAAUAUGAAGACAUGGUAGUGGAGUCAUGUGGCUGUAGGUAGCAGCACAGCCUUUCAUGUGGCUCUCUAUACAAAGCUUUUCCCAGCGGCUGAUUUUAAUAAAUGAAGCUUGAAAACUCCAAUUCUAUGGAUCAGCACUGUAUUAUCACCCAAAGGGGGCUGCACUGACAAUAGCUAUAGUUGUAUUUUAAUGCUGGCAAGUUAUGCACGUCUAUUUUCUAUGCAGCCUCUCAGCUGCAACCUCUGCAAGGAAACCACCAAACCUUGGGCAUGAAGGAUUGCCUAGCUCUUUGGACUCUGUGGUGGCGGAAAUGCCUCUAUGCAUAGUGACAUUAUGACCAGUCACAUUCUCAGUUAUUCUUCCACUGUGCGCCUUGUCAACCCAUUUCUGUGCCACUGAAUAGCUGUGACAUAUCUGGAGAUGUUUGUGAUUACCAGCAUAAGAGCUCUAAAAUAUCUUGGCACAAUUAUGCCAUAUCAAGUCAUGUGGCAAAGCCAUAGGUUAUGUUAUUGCACAAGUGUAGCAAGGUUGCGCUUGUAACCAGUGAACUAGCUGAAAGGAUCAGGCUAUAUGUUUUUGAAAAACUGGAAUACAUUCACAGAAGAAGCAGAAUAAAAAUUCACUGCUUUUAGGUGUAUAUUUUGGACCCAUUGUAGCACUGAUUUGCUACUACUGGACUUAGUGGUGGCCUAAGAUAUUUUGAUGAGUGCAACAGGGCAAGAUAAGAUGUUAUUUGUCCCUCACUCUUUGGGCCGCAAGUGGAGGAUGCUUUAAAAAGCCUUAUCGUAUCAUUCUGACAUCAAUUUAUGCUCUAAUUUUUCCAUAAUUUCAUAGCGUGGCCUAUCUGUCCAUGCCUGGAUAACCUCUUAGCAAGACAAUAUAAUAUAUCUUCCUCAAAGGACAUUUAGAUUUCCAUAUCAUAUUAACUUUUGAAUUUGCAAGACCAUUGGUAAAGCCAGUGCCAAUAGGUUCCUUACACAGUGAUUUUAAUUCUUGUGGUUGCUUGAAAGCCUAAAUAAUGUUAAUCCCUCUCUACAGGAUUAAUCCUCAAUGUUCAUUGUCAGCAUAUGCAUUCAUUUCACAUGUACUUGAAAAUAAUCCUGAUAUCUUUGCAAAACACCGUGAUUAAACUAAUCAAUUUUACACAAAUAGUUGUAAGCAACAUUUCAUACUAAUUCGUAAGACUGUAUAUUUGAUAGAAUAUUGAUUUUCCUAUAAAUUGUACACAUACAUGGAUUUAGAGAACUUCAGGGGAAUCUGUUUCUUCUAUUGUAUAUUAUUUGCCUUAAAUAUCAUGCUUUUAAAUAGUAUGUUCAGUCUGUUUUAUUAUUCUCCUUAUAAUUUGUGCUGUCUACUAAUGGUCAUAGAAAAAUCAACUUAAGAUGUAGUAAAUUAUUUGACAGUGUUAAGUGUAUCUAGAUGACAUACUUACCAUAAAUAUAAUUUUAUUAGAAUUUUGUUUUCAGUGUUUUGUUCAAUUAAUAAAAAGAAAAGAAAACAGGA